CUUCACUUGCAUUUGCAACAGGGCAGCCAACAUGUCGGACGUACUGGAUUUACAUGAAGCCGGGGGCGAGGAUUUUCCUAUGGAUGAGGAUGGUGAUGAGAGCAUCCAUAAACUGAAAGAGAAGGCUAAGAGGAGGAAGGGGCGAGGUUUUGUAUCAGAUGAAGGAGCUAGAUCAAGAGUCAGAGAAGAUUAUGACACAGUAGAGCAAGAUGGAGAUGAACCGGGUCCACAGAGAUCUGUGGAAGGCUGGAUCCUGUUUGUGACCGGGGUGCACGAGGAGGCCACAGAGGAAGACAUCCACGAUAAGUUUGCAGAAUUUGGUGAGAUCAAGAAUCUGCAUCUGAACCUAGACCGGCGGACAGGGUACCUAAAGGGAUAUGCGCUGGUUGAGUACGAGACCUACAAAGAGGCCCUGGCUGCAAUGGAGGGCCUGAAUGGUCAGGACCUCAUGGGUCAGCCAAUCAGUGUGGACUGGUGCUUUGUCAGGGGCCCACCCAAAAGCAAGAGAAGAGGUGGGCGGAGACGAAGCAGAAGCCCAGACAGGAGGCGGCGCUAAUCCCUCCCUUCAGCAGUGCUAUUGGCCAGAAGCGCAUAGUCACAGUGUCUACCAUCCAGUGGAAAGGGAGAACACAUUUUAGCUAGAUGGAGUUGGCCCUUUCCCCUUGAUUGGUUAUUUUAGUAACUUUUUUUCACAUAUUUGGUUUUUGUGUGCGGUGAUAUUGUAGCAUAAGCGUCAGUUUUAUUUAACUGCAAUGAACUUUUAUCUGUCUGAUUUAACAGCUCUGUUCUCAAGAAAAUAAAUUUAGGACCAAAAUUACAUCAGUGCAUAAAGCUUAAGAAUUUAAGGUUUUGCUGCCUUGUCGUGCUUUCGUGAUGGCCGUAGUCAGUCCACGAAGACCUAAAAUGUACUUUAAAGGAGAAUUCUCUCCGGCAAUUUGUACACUGUCAAUUUUGUUUUACAUAAUUAAAUAUGUUAGAAAAAAU